UAAAUUGAUGUAAGUUUCACAGUGUUCAUACAUGUCCCCACCUGUCUGUGCCGUCUAUGUGUUGGCCAUAUUCUGGGGCCGAGUCAACGAAAAGGGGGCCUUUUGGGGACUAAUAAUUGGCCUCAUGAUUGGUAUCAUUAGAUUUGUUAUGGAGUUCUCAUAUACUGUCCCUCCGUGUGGUUCUAAUGAUCCGGAUCCCCGGCCCCUAAUACUAUCAAAAGUGCAUUAUUUGCAUUUCGGUAUUAUUUUAUUUAUUAUCUCAAUGGUCGUGACAAUUGUCAUCAGUUUACUCACUAAACCCAUCGAUGAGAAACACUUAUAUCGAUUGACUUAUUGGUCGCUAAAGAGCGAGAAAGUGCGCGAAGAUAUCGACGACGACGAAGCCGUACUAGAGAUACACAAAACGGGUGAAACAAACACAGUGUUUGUAGCUGAGGAUGGAUCAGACCUGAGAGCAAAAGGCACUCAAAAUAAUAAAGUUAUUGUGGAAUCGAUUAGUGAUAAUGAGAGCAAAAAUCGAUUCUUUGAUAAUGAGAGCAAAAAUCGAUUCUUGUAUACGAUUUGCUGCAUCGGCUCUGGAAAUACAGAGUCGGACGAAAACAAUAGGACAUAUUCAGUGGACAGGGAGGGGGGUGUCGUGAGACUCAGUAAGGAGGAGGAAGCCGUCCAGUGUGCCAAAGAUGCCACAGAAACGCCU